GAGCAGAGCAAAUGAACAACAGACUCAAGAGUUAUUGUGAUUCAUACAAGGUGGAAGCAGCCGCAAUAAUAUGCGAUGUUUGCACGAGGUGGCACUAUACGUGUAAAAUGAUUCAUACUGCAACUCGUAUGCAGAAGCCACAUGAACUUCUGUGCUCGUUCAAAGAGUCUGGUAAGUUAAACUUAUGCAACAAAGAUGAAGAUGAGAGAACUUCAGUAGAUGAAAUUCUAGCUAAGGCAUUGAAGGCAGCAGUUGACAAAAUUUUAAAACAUUAUCGAAAGACGAACUGGAUAUACUGUAUCGUCUUAAUUCUGGAUCCUUGUCACAAAGUUGAAACAUUUCAAUUAACUUCUUAGGGAAUGGAAAUAGAAAAAUUCACUGUAGAGAAGUUU